CGCACCAGCGCUCUGUCUCCGUGCAGUACCAGCGGUAAGCGGCUACGCUAAACACACUAUGGGGCAUUUUGGGCAGUAUUUGUUGUGCUUAUGAUAACACGCAACAUUCUGGACGGCAGACAUUAUUAUUUUGUUUGUUAAUUUGUGAAGAAUUCCUGUGGACUGAAUGUGCAGUAAUAGCCUCGAGCUAACUAGGCAUGCUAAUGAGUGGUGCUGAGUUAAAGAGCAGCUGAACAGAGAGCCCGGGGCUAACGCUAGCUCGCUGCAGGGUUGCUGACUGGACAUUUCUCACCACCGUGACAACAUUUGCUGCUGGUGCAUCAACACCGUAAGCCAUCCUCCAUGGCUCAGUUCGGGGGACAGAAGAACCCUCCAUGGGCGGCCCAGUUUGCUGCAACUGCGGUGUCUCAGCCCGGACAUUCUGCACAGUCCCUUGACUUGAACAGUUUGCACUCUUUAGGUGUUCAGCAGCCGUCUCUUUUAGGUGCCUCCCCCUCCAUGUACUCCCAGCAGUCAGCCUUGGCUGCAGCGUCCCUCAACACGCAGUCCGCUGCCAAUUACCAGAUUUCCCAGCAGACUGCGGCUCUCCAGCAGCAGGCAGCUGCAGCUGCCGCAGCUGCACUGCAACAGUCUCAGAUCAAUUCAGCCCUGCAGCAGUACCAGCAGCACCAGCAGCAACAGCAGCAGCAGCAGCAGCCACCUCAAGCUCCCCCACCACAGCCACCUCCUCAACAGACACUCUACAAUGUCCCACAUCAGCUUCCACAGCCUCAGCCUGCUCUGCUUUCACAGCCCCCUGUUGCUUUGCCAACCAGUAUGAGUUUGUCGAACCCACAGCAGACGGCACAGAUCACAGUUUCGUACCCGACCCCCCGCUCCAGCCAUCAGCAGCAGACUCAGCCACAAAAACAGCGUGUCUUCACUGGGGUUGUCAACAAGCUUCAUGAUACAUUCGGGUUUGUGGAUGAGGAUGUGUUCUUCCAGCUAAGUGCUGUAAAGGGAAAAACACCCCAAGUGGGUGACCGUGUUCUGGUGGAGGCCGUCUAUAAUCCCAACAUGCCCUUCAAAUGGAAUGCCCAGCGCAUACAGACUUUACCUCAGUUACCCAACCAAACGCACCAGGCGGCCCAGCCCUUACCUCAAGUUUCCCCACAGCUGUCCAGCUUUUACUCUGAUGCAGGAGUACAACGCUACACUGACAUACACACAGCGGUGGAUUCAAGACCAAAUAGCCAGCCUCCUGCUCCCAACAUGAUGAAGCCAGGCCCUUCCAUGAUUCAGUCUCUACCUCCACCCACCACUUUCAGUGUGCCGGCACAGGGUCCCCCUCCCUCACUGCUUCAGGCUCAGCUUUCAGCAGCCUCUCUUGCUCCGUUGCUCCAGAAUCCUCCUCAGCCUCUCCUUCCUCAGCCACCUCCAAAAGAUUCAGUCUUUUCGGGGGGGUUACUUCAGCCUCCGGUACGGAUGAUGCCCCAGCCCCAGCCUGUGAGACGCAUAGACCCCUCUCCUCGCUUUCCCAGCCGCAGUGAUCGACCAGAACUCAUUCUAAGGAAAGAAGACCGAAGUCGGGACAGAGACAGAGAGCGGAGGCGAUCCAGAGAGCGUUCGCCAACACGCAAGCGUUCAAGGGACCGGUCACCUCGAAGAGAUCGUUCUCCUAGACGUCCACGCAGAGUUGUACCUCGAUAUACUGUACAGUUCUCCAAGUUCUCCCUGGAUGGAUAUAACUGUGACAUGAUGGAGCUUCGACGGAGGUAUCAAAGUCUUUACAUCCCAAGUGACUUCUUUGAUGCUGUAUUCACCUGGGUGGAUGCCUUCUCCUUAUCACGACCAUUUACAUUUGGAAACUACUGUAACUUCCAUAUCAUGCAUAAAGAAGUGGACUCUUUAGUGAAGAACACAGCUGUACUGGACCCUCCUGAUGCCAAUCAUACCUACAGUGCUAAGGUGAUGCUGCUUGCAAACCCCAGUCUCGACGAACUGUAUCACAAGUCUUGUGCCUUGGCUGAUGAUCCGCAAGAGCUGAGGGACUCUUUCCAGCACCCAGCCCGCCUCAUUAAGUUCUUGGUUGGGAUGAGGGGCAAAGAUGAGGCCAUGGCAAUUGGUGGCCACUGGUCUCCAUCCCUGGAUGGAGCCGACCCAGAGAACGAUGCCUCAGUCCUUAUAAAAACAGCAAUACGUUGUUGUAAGGCUCUGACAGGCAUUGAUCUGAGUUUGUGUACCCAGUGGUAUCGUUUUGCAGAGAUUCGCUAUCACCGCCCUGAGGAGACUCACAAAGGGCGGACAGUUCCCGCACAUGUGGAGACAGUGGUUUUAUUUCUCCCGGAUGUUUGGCAUUGUCUUCCUACCCGCUCAGAGUGGGAAGGACUGUCCCGCGGACUCAAGGAGCAGCUGGCAGAGAAACUCUUGGCUGAACGGAAGGAGGCGGAUGGAGAACAGGAGGAAGAGGAGAAAGACGAAGACGAUUCAAAAGAGGUUACUACCCCCACUCACUGGUCUAAACUCGAUCCGAAAUCUAUGAAGGUGAAUGAUCUGCGUAAGGAGCUAGAGAACCGAUCUCUGAGCUCCAAAGGACUGAAGUCCCAGUUGAUAGCUCGGCUCACUAAGCAACUGAAGGUGGAGGAGCAAGUGGAGGAAUCUAAAGAGCCUGAGAAGGCUGAACCUACCAGUGUGGAGGAGGAGGAGCCCUGCAGAACCGAGGAAGAUCGUGAGGAAGAGGAACGUAAGCGACAAGAGGAGUUGGAGCGUCAGCGUAGGGAAAGGCGUUACGUUCUCCCAGAUGAACCCACAAUCAUUGUUCACCCCAACUGGGCAGCCAAGAACGGCAAAUUUGACUGCAGCAUCAUGUCUCUGAGUGUGCUAUUGGACUACAGGCUGGAGGACAAUAAAGAGCACUCCUUUGAGGUCUCAUUGUUUGCUGAACUUUUCAAUGAAAUGCUUCAACGAGAUUUUGGCUACAGGAUCUACAGAGCCCUUACUGCUCUCCCGAGUAAGGAUGAGAAAAAAGAAAAGAAAGAUAAGGCAAGGAAAGAUGCAGAGAGAAAAGAGGUGGACAGGAGGGAUAUAAAGAAGGAUAAAGAGGAUGAGAAUGCUGAGCCAGUCUCAAAAAGACCAAGAGAGGAGGAAGAUAAGAAGAGGGAUGAAGACAAGGAGAGGUCUUUGAAGAAAGAAGAAUCCAAAGAUGACGAUGAUAAUGAAGAUGAAAGCAGCAAUAACAAUGCUGACGAAUAUGAUCCCAUGGAGGCUGAGGACGCUGAUGAAUAUGACGAUGAAGAUAAAGAUGAUGAUGAUUCCAGCGGGAGGGAUAGGAGGGAUGACCGCCGCGAUGAUAGAAAAUCAAGAGAUAGAUCAUCUAAAGAUAAAGAUGACAAAAAGAAGCAGAUGAUCACACAUGACAAAGAUCUUCUGAUGGCAUUUGUGUACUUUGACCAAAGCCACUGUGGCUACCUACUGGAGAAGGACCUGGAGGAAAUUAUGUACACAUUGGGCUUGCAUCUCUCCAGAGCUCAGGUAAAGAAACUGUUGAGUAAGCCAUUAGUGAAGGAGUGCUGCUACUACCGAAAGUUAACGGACCGAGCCAAAGAUGAGCCCAACCCAGUCAGGACAGCUGAUUCUCAACUGGAGAACCCCUUGGGUAAUCGACCUCUGCUGCCCAGUCAGAAGACAAAGCGUGAGACAGAGGACAGUGACUCAGGCAGCCUUAUCGUUUAUAAUGGCGCUAUGGUAGAUGUGGGCAGCAUGCUACAGAAACUGGACAAGAGUGAGAAAGCCAGGGAGGAGAUUGAACAGAAACUCAUGCAGCAGGACACUAAAAUGGACGAAGAUGCAAAACACAUAUCAGAAAUGGAGUCGACUAACCGCAGUCUGAUGAGAGAACUGGAGCAGGUGAAAUCCAGCCUGAGAGAGACAGAAAAGAACCUCAGAGCAUGUGAACAGCAGAAGAGCAGCUACCAGCAGCAGCUUCGCAGCACUCUGACGAGCCUCAGCACAGUAAUGAAGGACCUGCAGAGUGUCUUACCUAAAGAUGAUCAUCCUGAAGAUGGUGACCAGAAAACUCAAACUAAUGGCUCAGAUGACUGAACUACCUUUGUGUGUGUGUCUGUGACCUGUUUAAACCUGUAAAUAAGCACUAAGCUCAUUUAAUUAGAAGUUGUUGGGUUUUUUUUUUUUUUUGUACAAAUUUUAACGACUGAGGAGGUCAUGCUAAUUUAGUUUUCUCCACAUCAUUUUUUUUUCAGACUUUCUACAUAAAUUAUGUUCAUUAAUUUCAUUCAGUAAAAGGCUUAUCCAGUUCAUUUGUGAUAUUUAAUUCUUGUUCUAAUAUGAUGUGUCAUUGAUUUCAGAGUUCUAGCAAAAUGUUUUGUUUUUUUUUUCCAGUUGCCAGUAAUCUUUUCUUUUCUCUCAAUGUUCUAUCAAUAUGCUUGGAGGUAUGAGUGGUUUAUCUAAGUUUAAUUAGCAAUAAUGAUGUUAUUUAUGUGUACAAAGUAUGUAGAACAGAAAGGGUUUAUUUCACAUUAGAACCUGGGUAGAAUUGUGUAUUGGAUGCCGGGCCAGGCUCAGGGUAGAUAUCUUUUUGUUGUACUGAUGCCACAGAUCACAUUUUUUGUGUAAUAUCUUUGCCAACACUUUGCUAACUUGCUGCUAUCCUGUUUGUUGGUACGCAUAUAUGCUGACGCAUGCAUAUUUGCUUAAUUCUGUAUGUUCUGUGAUCAUCUGGUAUCCUAUGCGGAUGGCACUAUGCAUGUGUCAUAUUUUUUAUUUUAUUUUAUUUUUUUUUUGUCAUUUCAAGGGUUAAUUCUGGCGCAAAAGCUCAGCUAUGUUUUUGAUAUAGUGGUUAUUGUAAUAAACUUGACUCUGGUUCUGUACACUUCAGAAGAAUCCUAAGUACUUUGCAGAAUAUUCCAGAAUUGUAAUUUGUGUGAAUGUGAAAAAUGUUUUCCCAUAUUAUUUUUCUCUGGUCAGUCGUCACAAUGGGUGGGUUAUAGGGAACGGAAAAGAGCCAAACUUAGUAACAAUGAGCCCAAAGCAACCAAGUGCAUAUUAUUUUUCUAAUCCAGAUGUACUAUCAUGGUUGUUCUGUGUAAAAAUAAAUUGGUUCAUUUUAACAUUUUAUUAUGCA